AUGUCAAACCUUGUAAAACUCGAAUUUGUUGUUCUUGAUAUUACUGGAAACAACUAUCUGUCUUUUGUGUUAGAUGCUGAAAUACACUUAGAUGCAAAGGGACUUGGUGAUACUAUUAAAGAAAAUAAUACUGCAACAAGCCAAGAUAAGGCUAAAGCUAUGAUAUUCCUUCGCCAUCACCUUCAUGAAGACCUUAAGACUGAGUACUUGACUGUUAAAGAUCCACAAGUCCUUUGGAGUAAUCUAAAGGAAAGGUAUGACCACCAGAAAACUGUGAUAUUACCAAAAGCUCGUUAUGACUGGUUACAUUUAAGAUUACAAGACUUUAAGUCUGUGAGUGAAUAUAACUCAGCCAUGUUUAAAAUUACAUCACAAUUGAAAUUAUGUGGAGAGAAAAUCACGGAUGCAGAAAUGUUAGAAAAAACAUACUCUACAUUUCAUGCAAAUAAUGUUGUCCUGCAGACACAAUACCGUGAAAAGGGUUUUACAAAAUAUUCUGAAUUGAUAUCUUGUCUCCUUGUGGCUGAGAAAAAUAAUGAACUAUUAAUGAAAAAUCAUGGAUCACGCCCAACUGGCUCUACUCCAUUCCCUGAAGCGAAUGCGACAUCCCAUACUGGAAAAGAGCAAAAGGCUAGAGAUCACGCUAGCAGUCGUGGUCGAGGUCUUGGUCGCGGCCGCGGACGUGGACAUGAUCGUGGUUGA